CCUGCGGCACGCACAGCGGCGCGCGGUGUGCGCUGGGUCCCGGCCGCGCGUGAUGCAGCGGCGGCGGCGGCGGCGCUGAGGCCCCCGCGGGGAGGGGGCGGCGGCGGCGCACAUAAAUGGCGCCCAAGCAGGACCCCAAGCCCAAAUUUCAGGAGGGUGAACGAGUGCUUUGUUUUCAUGGACCUCUCCUUUAUGAAGCAAAGUGUGUAAAGGUUGCCAUAAAGGACAAGCAAGUAAAAUACUUCAUCCAUUACAGUGGUUGGAAUAAAAACUGGGAUGAAUGGGUUCCAGAAAGCAGAGUGCUCAAAUACGUGGAUACCAAUUUGCAGAAGCAAAAAGAACUUCAAAAGGCCAAUCAGGAACAAUAUGCAGAGGGGAAGAUGAGAGGUGCUGCUCCGGGCAAGAAGACUUCUGGUCUGCAGCAGAAAAAUGUUGAAGUAUUUUUCAGACGAGAUGGAGCGCAUACUGUUUGCUGUUUGGAGACCCCUACAAUAUCGACGCGGAAAACAAAAAAGAAUAAACAGAAAACUCUAGGAACUGGAGAAGGGAGCAGUACCAGUGAUACUCCUCAGCCUCCUAGGAAGAAGAGGGCUAGAGUAGAUCCAACAGUUGAAAGUGAAGAAACAUUUAUGAACAGAGUUGAAGUAAAGGUGAAAAUCCCGGAGGAGCUGAAACCAUGGCUGGUAGAUGACUGGGACUUGAUCACUAGGCAAAAGCAGCUCUUCUAUCUUCCUGCCAAGAAGAAUGUUGACUCCAUUUUAGAGGAUUAUGCAAACUACAAAAAGUCACGAGGAAAUACUGAUAACAAGGAAUAUGCAGUCAACGAAGUUGUGGCUGGAAUUAAAGAGUACUUCAAUGUCAUGCUGGGAACUCAGCUGCUUUACAAGUUUGAGAGGCCCCAAUACGCUGAGAUUUUAGCGGAUCACCCAGAUGCUCCGAUGUCCCAGGUGUAUGGUGCCCCACACCUGCUGAGGCUGUUUGUACGAAUUGGAGCUAUGCUUGCUUACACUCCUUUGGAUGAGAAGAGUCUGGCUUUGCUCUUAAACUAUUUGCAUGACUUCUUAAAGUAUUUAGCAAAGAAUUCCUCCGCGUUGUUUAGUGCCAGUGACUAUGAAGUAGCCCCUCCUGAGUAUCAUCGGAAAGCAGUAUAAUACCAGUGAUAAUUGGAUCCGUGUGAUACUGUCCACUUCCAUAUCUCGUUCUUCACCUUUCGAUUGCACACGUUAUGUAAGCGUAAAGUGAAUAAAGUUGUGUGUUUCAAAUGGAACUGGCAUUUGUAAGUCCAGCAGAUUUCACCUCCCAGAGCAGAAGCUUGGAGUUGAACGGGUGCUCUUCAGUGUUUCUGGCUCACUGCUGUUCGCUUCAGUGGACUGUAAAAAGGACGCAUUAUGGUAUGUCGUUGUACGAACUCGUCAGUGCUUGUGGGUCUGUAUUGACAUUACCGUGUGCUUCGCUAUCCCGCUUUAUUGCGUAGUGAUGACAGACACAGGCUCUCCAGCCCCCGAGGGCUGGGCUCACCCAGUGCUGGUGCUGUGACUUCAUCUGACUCAAACCCAUUCACUUGGUGUUGGAAGUGAAACAUUUCCUCCGUAUGUGUAUGCUGUUAUUUAGGUGGUUGAAGGACUGUGACUUUUAUAUUCUAACCAUUAUUGUACCGUAGGGUCUUGGAAAUGUUGGUCCUUUCACAGUGUUUUACAAACCUUCAAAUAAACUUUUUUAAUUUCA